CCAUUACAGUGGAUGCAGGGUCUGAAAGGGUUAAAGCAGCAGAGAUGGAAAAUCAACGUUCAUUUAACAUACUUUGCACUGAUUGACAGGAACGUUGCUGGCCGGACGCGUUCACGUGGAGUGCGCGCGCCCGUGCGAGUCCUUCUCCUUCUGUGUGUGUGUGUGUGUGUGUGUGUGAGGAGGGGGGUGGGUGUUGGUGGAGAGGGGCGGUUAUUGUUAGCGCCGCUGAGGAGCAGCAGCAGCAGCAGCUCAGAGACACGUGAAGCGACCGCAACGAGCAGCGGAGGAGAGGUAUGGCGAGACUGUGAAAGUGAAAGAAACAAAAGAAAGGAAAGCCACGAGGAAAGCCAUGAAAGUCCACCAAACAUCCACCUUUGAUAGAUAAUGGAGAUCAGCUAAUACCUGUCUGCCUCUGCAAAGCAACAAUGGAGACAGCCCACCACACCCAGGUCAGCUUUGGAGUCUGUGAGUCGAUGGAUGCUUUCCAGCCUUCCUAACAUUUAUCCUCACAGAGAUACAGAGGCUUAGAGCAGGACCUGACCGGUCUUGCCAGGCAUUGAGCUGAUUUUCACACAAUGGGGCUCCUUUGGAUUCUCAUCUCCAUGCUGACGACAUGUUCGGCUAUCAACAUGGAGUCUACAGGCAGUCACAGCACGUUCACCUGCGAGCCCAUUACACUCCGGAUGUGCCAGGGCCUCUCCUACAACACCACCUUUAUGCCCAACCUGCUCAACCACUAUGACCAGCAGACUGCAGCCCUCGCCAUGGAGCCCUUUCACCCCAUGGUCAACCUGGAUUGCUCUGAUGACCUGCGGCCGUUCCUGUGUGCACUGUACGCUCCUGUGUGUACUGAAUAUGGUCGCGUGACCCUGCCCUGCCGCCGUCUGUGCCAGCAGGCCAAAAGUGACUGCUACAAACUCAUGGACAUCUUUGGAGUGACCUGGCCUGACGAGAUGACCUGUAACAGGUUUCCUGAUUGUGAUGAGUCCUACCCUCGAGCUGUGGACCUGCUCUCAAGUGCCGACGCUACGAAGGAGCCGGCAGUGUCGGUGCAGCGUGAUUACGGCUUCUGGUGUCCUCGUGAGCUGAAGGUGGACCCGGAGCUGGGCUACUCGUUCCUGAGUGCGCGCGAUUGCUCUGCCCCCUGCCCCAACAUGUACUUCAGCCGUGAUGAGCUUCUGUUUGCCCGUUACUUUAUCGGGAUGGUCUCUAUAGUGUGCCUCUCAGCCACGCUUUUCACCUUCCUCACCUUCCUGCUUGACGUCAGCCGCUUCCGCUACCCAGAGCGGCCCAUCAUCUUUUACGCCGUCUGCUACAUGAUGGUGUCCCUGGUCUUCUUCCUGGGCUUUCUGCUGGAGGACCGGGUGGCCUGUAACCGGGCGGCUCCGGGACGCUUCCGCGCUGCCACCGUCACUCAGGGCUCACACAACAAGGCCUGCACGCUGCUCUUCAUGACUCUCUACUUCUUCACCAUGGCUGGCAGCGUGUGGUGGGUGGUCCUCACCAUCACCUGGUUCUUGGCAGCUGUGCCUAAGUGGGGCAGUGAGGCCAUUGAGAAGAAAGCCCUGCUGUUUCACGCAGCAGCGUGGGGUGUGCCGGGUGCUCUCACGGUUGCCCUCAUGGCUCUAAAUAAGGUAGAGGGUGACAGCGUGAGCGGCGUGUGCUUCGUGGGACUCUACGAUCUUUCAGCCCUGCGCUGGUUUCUUCUCGCUCCGCUGGCGCUGGAUGUGGCCGUGGGAGUGGCACUGCUGCUGGCUGGCAUUGCUGCACUCAACCGCGUCCGCAUGGAGAUUCCCCUGGAGAAGGAAAACCAGGACAAGCUGGUGAAGUUCAUGAUCCGGAUCGGGGUGUUUUCCAUACUCUACCUGGUGCCACUGCUGGCAGUGAUUGGCUGCUACUUGUAUGAGCAGAGCUACAGACCGAUAUGGGAAAUAACCUGGGUGCAGGAGCGAUGCAGGGAGUACCACAUUCCCUGUCCAUUUAAGGUGGAACAGACCAGCAGGCCAAACAUCUCCCUCUUUCUCAUUAAGUACUUGAUGAUGCUGGUGGUGGGCAUCCCCUCUGUCUUCUGGGUGGGGAGCAAGAAGACCUGCUUUGAGUGGGCCAGCUUUUUCCACGGCCACCGGAGAAAAGACAGCACGGUGCAUGAGAGCAGGCAGGUGCUGCAGGAACCCGACUUCACCCAGCUGCUGCUGCGCGAGCCCGGGGCGCCGGUGGUCCGAAAGUCGCGAGGGACCUCCACUCAGGGCACCUCCACCCACGCCUCCUCCACACACCUGGCCAUGCUGGACGAGCCGGCCAGCAGCAGCACCAGCCGCGCAGGGAGCGUGCGCAGCAAGGCCAGCAGCUUCCACGGCAGCCAGCACCGCUCACGAGACGGCAGGUACACCGCCAGUAGUUUCCGCGCUGCUGAGGAGCGCCUCCCCCACGGGAGCAUGCAGCGCCUGCACGAACAGCUUCAGCACAGCAGCACCAACCGCCUGGAGAGCCAAUCACGACACGGUGGCUCACAGCGCCUGGACAGCCAAUCACGGCACAGCAGCGUCCGGGACCUGAGCAGCACGCCGCAGGCAGUGCAAAGCGGACCUGGUAAUGGAAUCCACCGCGUCGCAGAGGAGGACGGAGCCACGGCUUGAGCUUUAAGAGCUGCUGUAAAGGAUGCAAUCAGAGCACGUGCAGCAGAGGAAGCGCAAGGAUAUGGAAUUCAGGUUAUCCAUUGGCUAAUGGUGGGAGAGUCAGGACUGAUAGAACUGUGCAGAUGGACUACACUGGACUACAUUGACUGUACUGUUUUUAUAUUGCACUCCAAUCCUGCGACUUCCACAUUUCCAAAGUCUGAACGGGACGCAGAACAGUAGCAACUUUUCGAAGCCCCGCUGACCAAAGGGCUCCAACAUCAAACAGGGUAAAACUGCAAGGGCUUUAUAUACAUUACUUACAUGUGCAGAAGCACUUGCUGCUUUAUGCUCAGGCCCAAUCUUUCUUGUACAUUUUCUAUUAUUCUUUGUAAACCUCUAAAACUGGUGCUAAAGUGAACAAAUUUGGUUUCCAUUACUUCUUAUUGCACUUUCAAUAAGAUUUCCUCCACUUAUCAUGACCACCUCCUUGUUACUACAUUCACUGCUAGUCUUACAGCUCACCAUACAUUUAUUAUCCUCCCCCAGAGGAUCACCACAGAGCAGCUAUUAUUUGGGUGGUGUGUCAUCCUCAACACUGCAGUGACACCGACAUGGUGGUGGUGUAUGAGGUGUUAGUGUGUGUUGUUCUGGUACAAGUGGAUUAGACACAGCAGUGCUGCUGGAGUUUUUUUUUUUUUUUAUCCCAUUUUCUCCCCAAUGUACACAGCCAAUUAUCCAUCCAACUUAUUAGGACUCACUCUAUCACUAGUGAUGUCCCAACACCAGGAGUGUGAAGACUAGCACAUGCCUCCUCUGAUACAAGUGAAGUCAGACACAACCUGAGCAUUGCCGAGUAGCAUCACAGUGCACUCGAAGAAAAGCGCAGCGACUCGGUUCUGAUACAUCAGCUCACAGACGCCUCAUGCUGAUCAACAUCACUCUUCGCAGUGAUGUGGGAGGAGAGCACCAUCUACACACCCAGAGAGAGCAAGGUUAAUUGUGCUUUCUCAGAGCUCCAGCAGCUGCUGACAAGCUACAUGAACAGGAUUCGAACCAGCAAUCUCCCGAUCAUAGUGGCAGUGCCUUAGUCCUGGACCACUGCUGUUUUAUUUUUUAACAUUGUGUUCACUCACACACAGUCCACUCUAUUAGACACUGCUACCUCGCUCCUUUACCAUGUAGAUGUAUGAUCAUCGAGAUUAGAGACAGAUGCUCACCUGUUGCUGUACAGUUCGUGUUUCUCAACCCAGCAGUGAUACUGAAGUGUUUAAAAACUCCAGCAGCACUGCUGUGUACUACCACUCAUUCUAGCACCGCACACACUAACACACCACCACGUCACCAUUGAAGAAGAGGGUUAAAGGAGGAUGAUAAAGUAUGCAGAGAAACAGAUACAGGACUACAGUGUGUAAUUAGAAAACUUUAAGCUUCGUGAGUAACAAGGUAACAAAGAGGUGGUCAUAAUAUAAUGUCUUUACUGGGUAACAAUGGUUACUUUACUGGGUAACAAACAGGAGUAACCAUGGUUGACAGUUGCCUGUUAAAAUGGUAAAAAGCAUUGGUCACGUAAAGAGCAGAUGUUUAUAAUUGCUGUUCCAAAUGUAGGAUAGGUUUUGUAAAAGUUCUUCCCCUCUACUUUAGCAUAAUCAGAUAGAAGUAAAAUGGAAUCUUCCAGCUGAAUUCCUCUUCUCAUCGACAGUCUAGCACUAACAAAGCAGUUAUUACGGCUGUGUGCGUCUUUUUUGUAAACUGUGAAAUUUGUAACAAAGACCUUUUUUUGUACAGGUGUCUAGAAAAACGUCUUGAGUCAUUUCUUGGCAAAAAUUAAAUAAUGUAGAACAGAACACAACACAACAA